AGGCUGAAGUAUUUGAAAUUCUCCCGCAGUGGAAAACACGUGUGUUGGAGCUGCACAGAAAUGAUUGUAAUGUGCAAGAAAUUAAAUCUUUAAACAUCCUUGUUGAUGUUAAAACAAGGGAGGAGUUUGGACAGUGGUUGGCACAGUUUGAAAACAUAACAAAAACAACUUAUACAAUAAGGUGCACUGAACCUGCAUCAGGAAAGUAUGUUGUUUUCAAACAAAGGCUGGUCUGUCACCACAAUACUCGCAGUAUAAAAGUUCAUGGUUCAGUGCAAAGGGCAACAAAAAACACUAACUGUCCAUCAAAAAUGACAGUGACAAUUCACGCUGUGCAUGAUAGAUACAGAGGUAAGUCUGUAGAGAAAGCAAUGCUCUACAAGGAAAUGCCGUGUGAGGUUAACUUGGUGUUGGGUCAUAACCACAGUGUUGAGAGUGCUGCUGCUUUAAGAUUUAGGCAACCAUCAAGUGAUGUCAAAGAAAAAUUAAUAUCCCUGUUUGAAAGAGGUCAUUCACCAGCCACUGCUCUUGAGUCAAUAAAGGUUGAAAUUCAGCUGAAUUGUUCAGAUUACCCUUUAGUCCUUGCAGACAGAAGCAGGUGUCCUGAUUACAACUUUUGCCACUAUUUGUUCAACAAAGUUUUUAAGAAAAAGUAUGGGCCAACAGACUUCAACAAAGAAGGAAAGCAGCUGUUACAACAGAGGUUAGAGGAAUACAACAGCGAAGUUGGAGCUGUGUGUGCCAAGAUGAUUCAGAAAGAUGAUGAUUAUAUAGUAUGCAUUUGCUCACCACUGAUGCAAAAAGUCCAUACUCAUGUAAAAGCUGCCUCCAAACUUGUAUUUAUGGAUUCCACUGGUUCUCUGGAUCAUGAUAGCAGCAGAGUGUUCGUUUUACUUACUCACAGUGAGUGUGGAGGUUUACCACUAGGAGUUCUGAUUAUGUCUUCAGAAAGCUGCGGAGUUAUAGAAAUGGGACUAGAGUUGCUGAAAGAGAUAGUGGGGGAAAAUAUUUUUGGGGGAAACAUCAAUGGCCCAAGUGUGUUUCUGACUGAUGACAGCCAGUCAGAACAAAAUGCAAUUAGAAGGUGCUUCCCAAACACAAAAACUUUGUUGUGUAUAUUCCAUGUCCUGCAGGCAGUGUGGCGCUGGCUUCUCAAAGCAAAAAAUGCUAUACCACAGCAAAAACAGUGUGAGUUCUUCCAGAAUUUCAAAAAAAUAAUGUUUGCGCAAACAAAAAAUGAAGCAGUGGUAAACUAUAAUGUAACAAGAGCGAACAUCGGUGAAAAUCAUCAAAAUUUAUUGAAAUACUUGGAAGGGUAUUGGGAUAGGAGAGAACUGUGGACCCUUUCACAUCGGCGAGGUAUGCUUAUAGAAGGGCACAACACAAAUAAUAUAAGUGAGGCCUUCAUGAGAAUUUUAAAGGACAGGAUUUUUGAGAGGGUGCGUGCCUUCAAUGUGGUUCAGAUGGUGGACUUUUUUCUCACAAAGGUGAAUUUGUAUUUUCAGAGGAGACUUCUUGAUGCUGCUAAUGGAGCAAGUCCUAAGUUUUUCUGUAGGCCUAUAAAGGCUCCUUCACAGGAGAUUCUAGCAAAAAAUCAGACAAGUCAAUGA